AUGGGCAACCCCAAGCAUUCGGAAAGUCGCGCCAAAGCGAAGCAGGAUCGCUUAAAUGAUACCGACUUUUACCCGUGUGCCCUGCCCAAACUGGCUCCAAAUCGUUUGCGCCUUCUGUUGAUGCGAAGCGGAGAAACAGUUAAUCGACUGGACCGUCACUUUAUUGACAAGGCCUUUGGCAGCGACCACUACAACUUCAUCAACUGUAAUCAGAAUCUGUUGCCACCAGGUUUAACCCGGGAUCCACAGCACUACAAAGAUGACGACUACUCGACCGUGGUAUGUUUCGUCUUAACUUUGUUCGUUAUGCAUGACUUUCCUUAUAUUAUACAUGACUUUCAAAUGUAUGGUGUAGAGUUAGUCGGUCUGUUGAAAGUUGUUCGUUAUACAACGGUUCCACUGUGUGUUAUAUAUGCCCAUAUAUAUACAUGCUAAUCAAAAAAUUAUUUUUUUUUUCAAAUUUUAAAGCAAAAACGUUUUCAAAUUUAGUCAUCAGCCUUCAUGGACUUUUCGAUUGGCAAGUACAUGAGGAAGAUUGGUCUAACACCAGAUAUCGUCUUCUCUUCACCCGCUUUUCGUUGUCUCCAGACGGCUGCCACAGUUCUGGCCGGAUGCGAGGAGAGUAAGGUCAAGUUGACGGUUGAGCCAGGAUUGUUUGAGCCAAUGGGUUUUUACGAAGAGGUAAGUAACUACUUGGGUCUUCUAUAAGAUGUUGAGAAAAGUACUUUAGUCAAAGAAUAUUUACUUAAAAGUUCUGAAGCGACAAAACUUCUAUGGAUAUGUUUGAUGCCUACUACAAUAUUUUUAAAAAGAAAUAUUUAAUUUUUUUAAAAAGCGUAAAAUAUUGUGUUUAAUUCGGCUUAGAUUUUCAAAACGUUUUGAAUUUUUAGUGCCCCAAGUUUAUUGAUCCAAGACGCAGUAAGUUUCCUAACCCUAUUGACGAACGUAAGCCUAUCGUGUCACUGGAGACCUUGAAGACAGCUUGUCGCAUUGUAAGUCGAAAAUUUAAGAGACAUUAACUGCAACUUAAGAACAAACAUAUUAUUAAGUUGUUCUGUGUGCCCGUUAACUCUAAAAAUUUGCUUUGAAAGGGGGCGCAGAACUAUUUGAACAACCUAAUGAACUAAUGCAUGGUAUUAACUCUUGAACUAUAUUUGAUUAUUCAUUUGAAUGUAAGAUAAUAUACAGAACGAUGUUGUAGUAGUUUUUUUGUUAUUUUUUAGGAAUCGACCAACUCCUUUUACCAUCGCAUUGGAUCUGUCAUUCGUCGUAUUCUGGACAGUUUGCGAGCUGACACUGAAUGCACGGUCCUCAUUGUUACCCAUGCCCCCGUCAUCGAUGGCAUUAUUCGCUACAUGAUGCGUAGGUUGAUAUCUUAGAUCUUCUCUUUUUGGUCGACAUUCGGGCUGGGUUUUGAGUUAUUUUAGGGGUAAAUCGUAUAAUAACUUUGAACUCAAACCUCACCUUUUGUUUAUUUUCAGGCAUGUUUUGUCCGAUAAAAUACGCCGAGAUUGUCCGCUGCGGCAUAGCCUAUCCAUUCCAUUCGAUCGUAACUUUGGAGCGAGAAAUUGGAAGAACGGCUGGCAGGAAGAGCAGACACUGGGCCUUGAAUCCGUUCAUUUUCCCGCCGAACUACAGCCCCAACUUUGAACUACACCCCAAAAUCCCAACACAUCGACCUGUUUUCGGCGAGAAAAAGAGAACCAAAACGAACAGCACUCGUAAUUGA